UCUACGACAGCAUAACAGCAGUUAAGUGUUAACAUUUAGUCGAAUACUCUGACGUUUUGUUUCAACAGUACCUAAGUGCUGAUUUCUGCUCAAAAAGAGGUCCCUUCUGUGUACCACAUAAUAUUCAGAAGACACCUAUGUACCCAACGAUUUUAAGUAUCCAUCGCCCCAUCGGUACUAAUUUUCACCGUUAGUUUGAUCCGUUUUCCAGAAUAUUUCGUCCUUCAUCAGACUCUUAUCGGUCAUGGAUUUUUUAGAAAAUCUGUCGCGUCGACUGGAGGACAUCCGGCUGGAUGGAACAAACGUGACAGCGGAAUUCCCCUGUCCGCAGUCUGUCUUACGAUAUCUCAACCAGAAUGAUCCCAAUAAAUUAGAAAAUGAUAUAGAUAUUGAAGAUACACCUGAAAAUCAAUCCAGAAUCCGGACAAGAAAACGUCUUCAAAGGAGGCAGAAACAGAAGAUAAAAUCUUUAGUUGAGAAACAUAAUACUAAUCCCAAUAAACAAAAUCAAUCAACUCCAAAUAGUGUAGAGCCAUUCUUAUAUCAUAAAGAUUUUUAUCCUAAUUAUAUGCAGUUUGAUGAUGUGAAAAAAGGUUUAGAAAGUGGCAAACUUUUUGAAGGACAUAUACGUAUUAGUCAAAAGUGUCCCACAGAAGCAUAUGUUCCUUCACCGGAUAAAUCAAAGGAUAUAUUGAUAAAUGGCGUUAGAACUCGAAAUAGAGCUCUAGAUGGUGAUAAAGUUGUUGUAAAGAUACUAGGCAAAUCUGACUGGAGGAACCCAGAUUCAGAAGAUUGUCAACGAACUGGCUGUGUGGUUUACAUAACAAAUUCUAAAGAGAAUCGUAUCAUAGUAGGGUCCUUGAUGGUUGAUAGAGGUGUUAUUCAUCGAUAUAGUACAUUAAUUCCAAGAGACUGUCGAUUUCCCAGAUUACUUGUGGACACUUCAACUUGGCUGUUUCCAAUUGAUUUGAGGAAUGGAACCAAAGAAUCGAAAGAAUUGUUUUAUGCUGUUUUACCACACUGGGAUAAUUACAAGUUCCCAAAAGGAAUAUUAAAAGGAGUUUUGGGCGAAUCAGGACAAAUAAAAGCUGAAACUGAAGGUAUACUGAUCACUCAUGAUAUAGAAGAACAUCCAUACCCAGAAGAUAUAGAUCAAUAUUUUCCACCACUUUUUUCUGUUGAAGAAGAAUUGAAACACAGAAAAGAUUUUAGGAAACAUUGCAUUUUUUCCAUUGAUCCCCCUACCGCCAAAGAUCUAGACGAUGCUCUUUCCUGUGUACCACUGCCAAAUGGUAAUUUUGAAAUUGGUAUUCACAUAUCUGAUGUGACUUAUUUUGUUAAACAAGGAACACCAUUAGACGAAAUUGCAGAAAAAUUGGCAACUAGUGUUUAUUUAGUACAAAAAGUGUAUCAUAUGUUACCUCCAGCAUUGACAAUGAUGGCGUCAUUAUUACCAGGAACUGAUAAACUAGCUGUCUCUAUUACUUUGGAAAUGACACCCGAUGCUAAUGUGAUUAGUCACUCUUUUAGUCAAUCGAUUAUACAUUCUUGUGCCCAAUUGCAUUAUUCACAUGCUCAAAUAUUCUUAGAAAAUCCUGAUAAAAAAGAUUGGGAUGAAUCUGAGUUUCCUACUGUGUAUAAUGGUUAUACAAUCAGUGACUGUGCAACAGCUGUUAGCCAUUUACAUAAACUAGCGACAGUGAUGCGAAAGAGACGUUUUGACACUGGUGCACUAGCAAUCAACCAACCCAAGUUGUCUUUUGACAUAGACAGAGUUACAUGCGAACCAUUGUCGUAUUCCUUGUAUAUACUCCAUGAGAGUAAUUGGUUAAUUGAAGAAUUUAUGCUUCUUGCUAAUACAAUGGUCGCUGAACAUUUGAAGACUCACUUUCCAACUACAGCUAUGCUUAGAUGUCAUCAUGCACCCGAUGUUGCUCCUAUGGAAAAAGCAGUGAAAAUAUUGAAAGUACAUGGCAUUGAUAUUGAUUUCACUUCAGCUGGAUCAAUUCAUAAGUCUAAAGCUAUUUAUUGCCAAGGUGAAAAUUCAAAGAAUUCUCAUUGGGACAUUAUUAUUAACAACAUUCUAUCAAAACCGAUGGUUCGUGCCGAAUACUGUGUUAUUGAUCCAGACAAAUCCAUGUCUCAUUUCGCACUCAAUGUACCGUAUUAUACACAUUUUACCUCUCCCAUUCGUAGGUAUCCAGACAUAGUUGUGCACCGUAUGCUUAUAUCAUGGUUAACAAACAAACCAAUCAAGGAAUACGAAGACCCAAAAGUCAUUGAAAAGAUAGCUAUCAACAGCAAUGAUAAAAAGAAUAACGCGAAGAAAGCGUCAGAAGCUAGUGCAGAUAUUUAUGCUGCAUGUUUGAUUGGUAAACUGGGUGGCCUAGAAGUGGAUGCAUCCAUAAUGGAAGUAAAAGAAAACUAUUUYGAAGCCACAGUCCUCUCAAUGAACAUGAACACUAGAGUUUAUGUAAAUAUUUCUCCAAAUAACCCAGACUUGCAACACAGAUUCUGUAAGUUCUCAAUUGUUGACAAUAAACCAACAUUAGUUAUUUGGUGGGAUCUCAAAGGUGAAAACAAGCAAACUCUUCAACUUUUUGACAAAGUGAAAUUAAAGCUGACAAAAAGGGAAAAUUGUUUGAAACUAAGAGCCAUUUUGAUCAGAGAUGAAUACAAUUCUUAUUAUUGUGACUCAUUACAUACUGAAAUUAGUAUGUAAUAUGUAUUUGAAUUAAUA